CGCAGGGCUUGCGCCACGAGUCACCUCUGGGCCAGGGUGGGGUCCAGGGGUCCCUAGGGAGCCCCAGGCCCGCCGGUCAGGCCCCGCCCCCCAGCAGCACCGGCGCAGUCAGGGGCGGCGCCGGCGGAGUUGGGCGCGGGCGCGCAGUACUUGGUGCGCGCCACCGACCCUCGGCCCAUCUUGCUGGCCUUCCCCACCUAAGCCCUAGGUCGCUUCAGCCGGGCCCACCCCUCCUUCCUCUCCUGGCCUGGAGGCCUGGUGCGCGGUGCAGCGCGACAAUUGCGGCCUGGCUAUCAGGGCAAGGAGGUUUUGGCGCUCGAGAGUGGCACGCCAGGCACGGGGCGCGAGGGCAGAACUGGCUCGGCAGAGUGCGGGGGGAGGGUCUGACGGAGACCCCAGAGGAGAACAGGGGCAGGCAGGGGGUGCCGAGGCAAGUGAGACACUGGAGCUGAGGAAGCAUCAUGGCUGUGUUUCUAGAAGCAAAAAAUGCCCAUGCAGUCCUGAAACGGUUCCCUCGUGCCAAUGAGUUCCUGGAAGAGCUACGUCAGGGCACCAUUGAGCGGGAGUGCAUGGAAGAGAUCUGCAGUUAUGAAGAGGUCAAGGAAGUAUUUGAGAACAAAGAGAAAACGAUGGAGUUCUGGAAGGGAUACCCAAAUGCAGUCUACUCAGUCCGAGACCCCUCACAGAGUUCAGAUGCCAUGUAUGUGGUGGUGCCCCUUCUGGGGGUAGUCUUGCUGAUUGUCAUCGCCUUGUUUAUCAUCUGGAGGUGCCAACUGCAGAAAGCAACUCGUCACCACCCCUCCUAUGCUCAGAACCGAUACCUAGCCAGUCGGGCUGGGCACAACCUCCCCCGAGUCAUGGUGUACAGAGGUACUGUGCAUAGCCAGGGAGAGUCCUCCGGGCACCGUGAGGCAGGAAAUAACCCACAGAUAGUUCUGGGGCCCAGUCGGGGAAGCAGAACCACUGUCAGGCUGGAGAGUACCCUCUACCUCCCUGAGCUCUCUCUCUCCAGACUAUCCAGUGCUACUCCUCCCCCUUCUUAUGAGGAGGUGACUGCACCCCAGGAGGGCAUCAGUGAGGAGGCCAGUGUCUCUUACAGUGACCCUCCCCCAAAGUAUGAAGAGAUUGUGGCAGCCAGCCCCAGUGCAGACAAGUAGCUAAGCACAGGCUGUGGCCUGUAUAAAAGCCUCUGCCAGAGGUAGCCUGCUUCCUUUUGGACUUCUGAAAGACUGUGCCACCACAAAACAGCCUUAGCCUCCUUGUUGCCAAAUAAUUCCCUAAUUGUGGAUUUGUAUGAAGUCAGUUGGUAGAGACAGUUGGUGUGUGUGUGUGUGUGUGUGUGUGUGUGUGUGUGUGUGUGUGUGUGUGUGAAAGAGGGGGGGAAUGGGUGUGUGCGUCAGGGGGUCGGGGAAGACAUAGGACAAGUGCAUGAACCCCCUGGGAAGAACUACAGACCUGAGAGUCCAGCUCUUCCAGACCUCCCCCCUGCCACCAAGUCCCCACUAUCCUGCCCUCUCAUUAGGGACUGGCUUCUCUUAUGCCAAAGGAACCAUCCCAUAGCAUUGAUUGUGAUUAGAAUGACCACAAACUCAUCCUCUGAGGCUGUGGGUCUGUCUGAGGACCCCUGUCCAUCUGGGGACCUAGGCCAUACAGGUGAGGAGGUCACAACAGCCCUAUAGUUCCUCUUUUCUCAACAGUUCCAUCCUUCCUGUUCUCACUUAUAUUAUGAGGGCAGAAAUAACAAUUGAACUACAAACAAAACACAAGUCAUAACAAAUAAUGAACCACAGAUGAAAACCAUCUGUACCCUCCAAAAGACAUCAAUUGAACAGACCUUGGCACAGCCUUCCUCCAACACCCAACCAACCCUAUGCUCCUGGUCAGGGUGAAAUCUAUGUGGAGAGCAACUUGGCCUGUGUGGCAGAGCUCCUUUUUCCAGACCAAUCAAGGGGCCCACUUGAACUCUGCCAUCUUGUUUCUGAUGUGUACCAUCUGUGUUUAACCACUGCCCACUAGCAUUAGCCCAGGUGUAGCCUUGGAGUACUCUGUUGUAGGGAAAUUGAUAACCCCUUCCUUCAUGAAGUUGGCUGUUACAGACUGGCACAGAGAGCUCAAGAUUCUUCCUUUGUGGGGUUGAUUAAUCCAUAGGAUAGUUAAAACCAUGAGCUCCACCUCCUUGGCACUAUGUUAUCUAGCUUUGAAGUUUUAGGAUACUUCCUUUUUUUGUAAAUAGGUGCAUUGAACUUGAACUUUAGAUUGUGAUUUCUCCUAAUGAUGGUGCCCUUACAGGGAGAAGUUCCCGAAGUGUGUCUUAAAAUUUUUCCUAGUGGGGGAACCUAUGACCUGGGGUCUAAAGCCUGCCUGGGCUUUGCUUUGCCAUGGCCAGGGGCUGGUCUGUUUUCAGUGAGGCUUUGGAAGACAUUGGGCAGAGGUGACUUGCUCUUUAACUGUCAGUGAUAAAAUCAAAGACACCAUUGAUACCAUCUCUACCCGCCCCAGCUGUAUUCUCCUGGCCUCUAUGCCAAAUCAUUCUUCCUUUGUGGUGCUUUAAAAUAUGUAGCACAUUUUUGUGGGGCCCAAAAAGAGUGCAUAGCGUGGGUCUUCUGGCAACUGCAGUGGUUUCCAACCCACAGAGUUGACAAGUUUCCUUCUGUCUAAACAGCCCUCCAAGGCAGAUACUGAGACACAUUCCUUGAAUGCAGCUCUGUCUUGAAGCCCCAGAUGACUUCUAGAGGCUAAUCCAGUGCUAGGAACAUUCCCAGGGGUGUGUUUCUAGUCAAGCUAAUGUUCUUACUCCAGUGAGGCUGCCAGCUUGGAUAACUCAAUCCCGUGGCUCCCCUACCUCACCAGCCCAUUAGAGGCUGAUGGAGCUGAUGCUUGUGAAGUGCUUGAAGCACCAUGGAACCAGUGAACUUUGCCCAUAGCAAGAUUCUUUUAGAAAUAAGUAGUAGCUGUAAGGGACUGGUUCUAGCAGAGGGUUUCCAAUGCCUCUGAUGUUGAGUGCGAACCUGAGGAGCCAAUCUCUUUGCAUUUGACCCUUCGCGGGCCUACCUCUCUCCCCGGUCUCCUCCCCUUUCCCUCCACGUCGACCUCCUUCCUCUGUCACUUCCUGCUUUCAUUCCUUGUGUCUUCACUCUUCCCUUUUCUUUCUUCCCAUUUUCCUUUUAUUCUUUCACUCCAUUGGUCUUCUAGUAUUGCCUUUCUGCAUGGAGAGAUUUGGGGCUCAGAAAUCUCCUGCUUUUCUCAUGGUAGAGAUUGCUAUCAGUCUCAUCUAGACAUGUUGGAGAUUCUGGGGAAGGUGAAAGCUCUGGGGCCAGCCUAGCAUCUCCCAGCAUUUUGUGACCUUGGAUACAUGAAAACAGACUUAUACCAAUGUGACUCCUCCCCCAGCUAGCAGAGAGUCAGGCAUAGGCUCCACUGACCAGGACCACAGAGAGUAUGUCAAGGAAUGCCACUGCCUUUGGCUUGUGUUGAGGUUUUCCUGUUGAGCUGCCUGACAGCUAGAGGCUAGGGAUGUGGAGGUAAGAGCAGGAAGCUGACUCCCAAGACCUCUAGAGAGGAGGCUGCCAGAGGCUGAAAACUGGAUGCAGGGUAAGUGAGAAGCAGCUCCUUGGAUGUGGCCUGUGCAUUGUAGGUCAGGUGCUUCACAGAGCUCUUCCAGGUGACUUGUGCCAAGGCCUCUGCAAUGGUUUUCACAGAAUAGUAUUUAUCUAAUGGACAUAAUUCCUCAAGGUGCACACUUGGCUUUUAUGAAUGCCCUGUACAUAACUUUUCAAACUCUGUCUUUGUGUAGACAUUGAUUUGAUGUAAUGCUAACAUGUGGGCACGUUGUCUUUUCUCAUUGCUUCUAUGAAAUGAUAGCUGGUAUGUGAUUCUAUUUGUCUUAGGAGAGACAUGCUCUGAAGAGAAGUCUGUCUUCAUCUUGUGGGGCCUAAAUUCUGUGGGACCCCCCCACUCACAUGUCUUUUGGACACCGUGCCCCCUGCUUCAGCUCCUAUCUUUGUAGAUGUCAGCAACUAAAGGAAAUGUGAGCACUCCUAUGUGUGUGUGUGUGUCUGUGUGUGUGUGUGAGAGGGAGAGAGAGACAGAGACAGAGAGACAGAGACAGAGAGAGAGACAGAGUCAGAGAGAGAGGCAGAGUCAGAGGCAUAGAAUGAAUCUGUGUGAGAGAGAGACAGAGACAGAGAAUGAAUGCGUGUGUGUGUGUGUGCUUGUGGCCAUGUGUGUGUGUUUGUGUGUGUGUAUAGAUGUGUGACUAUUGACUUUGAGAAUGGUGAGGCUAGUCACUUAGAUACUUUUCACUAAAAAUGAAAAGGCUUUAAAAUAUGACUGUCACUUGUUUUCAACCAAAACCUUUUUAAGACUUUUUAAACAAGAAUGGCAACCCUGUCUGUCCCCUCCUAGACUGCCCAUCACUUUGGAUUUUCAAAAUGAAAGCACAAGAGAAAGAGUGGGGCGCACAGGUGCCUGGCAUGUGCAUACCCCUGCACAGCUGUGUUGCGCCCUGGCUGAGCAGUUCCACCCAGGAAACUGAGGCCUCCUCUGCUACUUGCCAAUUCCACUGCCAUUAGUGUGAAUUCUUUAGGGUGCUCCAGCAAACAAGCAUCUGCCCAAUUGUUUAGAUAUUGUCCUUUUGGUAGUCCAAACAUUAGGGAUUAGGGACAGCAGUGUUUUUUGUUUUAAGCAUUUAGAGCCAGAUGCUUCCUCUCUCCCACUGGAUGGUAACUCCCCAGAUUCCAGACAGAGUUGACAGAUCUUUUGACAAGCAAAUGGCAUCCCAUGAGAAAAACAAGAAAAAAAAAAAACCAACAUUACCACUAGAUUGUCUUUUAGUUCAAGUGAGAGGAAGGUGGUGGAGAGAGGCUGAGUUGCCAGGACAGUGUCUUUGGAACAGAAUGUGUUCUCUGACUGUGUGUCUGCUCAGUCAAUCCUGAGCUGCUGGGCCAGGCUGCUUUUCAGCCUGACAAGUGCUGAAGCUCCAUUCACAGGCAUCACCGAUUCCAAAACAGUCACAUCUUCCACACUGAAAUCUCCUAAUACUAAUCAGUAUAAUUAGCUAAUUUUAGACUGCUGCAAUCAAACUGCUUCCAACUACUGUAAAAGCCCAUUAAUUUGAACACAGUAAUUCAGAAUUUAGAGGAAAUCCAAAUUUGAGAUAAUUCACAGUAACUGUUAUUCUUGCUAUUUAAAAAUAUUUGAAAGUGUCUUCCCUUCAUUCAGUCUUCAUCUGUAUAAAAGGAAUUCUUUUUAAAAUGGGUACCCUUUGUAAAGGAAAUGCUCGAGGUACCAAGGAUCCCUUCAUUGUGCCUUCAGUUUGGAGUUUAGCGGUUCUUGUGUGUAAGGCUCUUUCUGUGCAGGGCGAUCCCUUGUUCUCUCUCCAUUGUGAGGAUGUUAGAUGUUGCAGCCUUUCACUCCAUGUCUGUAUUUAUCGUGUGAUUAAAUUCGUUUGUGAUCUUGACUGCAAUUUAAAUACAAGUACGUGUCUUUGUACAUGCUCUGUAAAACAGACGUUGCACUAACAGACUGCCUGCUCUCAUUUACUCCCAAGUCUUCAAACUUUAGAGUGUCUCCUUUCUCAGGCUGUGAAAGGAGAAUCUCUAGCAAGAAUUUCUGUGGCAAAGAUCUCCAAAUAGCACACGCCCUUGGCUCCAUGCCUCAACAGUUUUUUCACUAUACUGCUAUCUGACUGCUGAACAUGCCUGUCCUUCUCCAGCCCCCAGCGAGUAUAAAGACUGAUAUCUAGGAUUGGGACCAACCCUCCAGCUGCUUUUUGCCACCCAACCUGUCUUGCCUCUCUGAUGCCGUUUUCCCAGGCCUGAAUCCACCUGCUAUUUCACUCUGUCAUUGUGAAUUUGUGACAGUGGCAAUCCCGAGCUUCUAGAAAUGAUAACUGUGAAAUGGAUUAAUUUUGGUACCAUUUGAAACUGUGCUCAUAUUCAUGCGUUGACUGAUGUCAGCUGGGGCAUAUGUACAUUUAGUCAUAUGUUGGGAUUUCAAAUGGGGCCUGGGGGCAAGAAACAAAGCAACUUGCUUCUGACUUUUGUCACGCACGCUUUCUGGCUCCCUUUUCACAAGUGUUGAGUUUAGCUGUUAACUUUUGUCUCUUUCUGUAUAAGAAAAUAAUGAUUAAAAAUAAAGAUCAUAUGGCAUCCA